AUGGCAGCUAUUUUUUCAUCUCGUCUUCUGCUUUUCUUCUUAUUCACAGAACUCAUCAAUGUUAGCUUUGCUGCAGGUUUUUCUAUCGAUCUCAUUCAACGUGAUUGCCCACUCUCUCCACUCUAUGAUCCAUCGGUUAACCAUUUUGAUCGCCUCCACAGUGCUUUUCGUAGAUCUUUUUCACGGAUCCAUCGUUAUAAUCCUCAGAAAUAUUCUACCUUAGACUCUCCAUCAUCAUCUAUCAUUCAAUCCACAAUAAUACCAGGUUCCGGAGAGUACUUCAUGAACAUCUCCAUUGGAACUCCGCCGGUGGAGGUUCUUGGUAUAGCUGAUACCGGCAGCGAUUUGAUAUGGACACAAUGCAAGCCAUGCACUCAAUGUUUCAUGCAAGACCCUCCUCUAUUUGAUCCGAAGAAAUCCUCCACUUACCGUAGCAUUCCAUGUGAUUCUAGUUCAUGCUCCAAACUUUCUUCCCAAGCAACCUGUGGAAGUGUCGAAAACUCUUGCCAAUAUAGCUAUUCCUACGGUGAUCGUUCAUUCACCAGAGGAAAUCUUGCUGCUGAAACAAUGACUUUUGGUGGUACUCAUCAUCACCCAGUUUCCAUCCCAAGCAUUGUGUUAGGAUGCGGCCAUGAAAAUGGUGGUACGUUUGACGAAUCGGGGUCCGGUUUAAUUGGUCUCGGAGGCGGUUCGCUGUCAUUAGUUUCUCAAUUGAGUAAAUCCGUUGGUGGUAAAGUUUUCUCCUAUUGUUUAGUCCCAUUAUCAGAUCAAUCCUUGCAUACAAGCAAGAUAACUUUUGGUAAUAGUCCCAGUGCAAAAAAGAGUGCAAUUUCAACUCCUUUGGUAGCAAAAGACCCUGAAACUUUCUAUUAUGUUACUCUAGAGGCCAUUAGCGUUGGAGAAAAGAGAUUGCAUUAUAAAAAUUCAUCAUCAAAAGUUGCAGCUGAAAAGGGUAAUAUUAUAUUAGAUUCAGGGACUACUUUGACAUUUCUUCCUUCUGGAUUUUUUGAAGAUUUGGUUACUGCUUUGGAAGAAGCUAUAAACGCUGAAAGAGUGAGUGAUCCAAGUGGGAUGUUAAGCCUGUGUUUCAAAGUUGAUGAUGGUGAUGAACAAAUACCAACUAUAACGGCUCAUUUUAGUGGUGGUGAUGUGGUAUUGCAGCCUUUGAACACGUUUGCCAAAAUGGAAGAUGAUAUGUUUUGCUUGACCAUGGUAGCUUCCGAGGAGGUGGCCAUUUUUGGGAACAUGGCUCAAAUGAACUUUUUUGUAGAGUAUGACCUUGAUAAGGAAACUGUUUCUUUCAUGCCUACUGAGUGUACCAAGCAUUAG